ACUCGGUAUAAGAUAUGUACACGUAAGUGGAGGCAACGUCAUUUCCACACACGCACACACACACACACACACGAGGAAGAUUCAGCCAGUGCGUACUACUACAGUACAAUUACAAAGUGCUUAGGCCAGUAAGAUAUUUUCUACAGGAAGAAGAACUAAAACACCUUGUCUGGACGUACCUCGCCCACUAUAUGUUCGUGCAUAGUUCGUGUGUACAUACUACGUAUACUUUUGGCUCACAAUCACCCCCUGUGUCCUGUGUAGUACUUUACAACACACACACAAACAUAAGACGUACACUACACACAUUGUCUGUCGGCCAGUUUUUCAAACGAACCGAGGAACCAAUACAACUGCAAAUAUUUCCCGUUUUCGGUUUUACUACAACACACACGAUCAAU